CAUUUUACUUUUAUUUAAUUAUCCACUAAAUGCAUCUUAUUUAUUAUCUCACUUACUUUAUUAAUAAAAAGUAAAAAAAAAUUUCAUGCCCUUAAAGCACACUUAAAUGAAAAUUGAAUUGAAAACUCAGAUCACAGUGAUAGCGCUCCAUGAGCAUUUCAGUCCUGACUGUGAAUCAGCUGCAGCUCCAGGUCCUGCGCGCGCUCUGCGGGUACAUGGAGGUUGUCCUGCAGGGGGCGGUACUGAUUAUUUCAGCCUGUAGUCUUGGCGGAAGAAAAUGUUUGUAACACCCGCCAAGCGUCAUUUUGUUGUGGCCCGGUUUGCUAACUACUGAUGGCUACUAAUAUCAGCGUUAGGAAGCGAGAUGAAAACAGGCCGGAAACGAAAAUCCAGCUCUUCAGAUCCUAUACAUGCAAUGAGUGCCAGGAGGGAGCCACGAGGCUAUGCUGAACACAGACACACCUUCAGCCCAGAGAAGAGGAGUUUUUCUCCCAGCAAGAGAUACGUCCCAAAUACAUCUUCUCCCAAAAGGCAUUCUUUUAGAAUUCGCUGUCAUGGCCAAGAAACAGGUAAUGUUGAAAGUGAGCUUGACAUGGUACAGUCUUCCAGCAGUCCGGAGUCAUGCCCACUUCAAUCAGAGGUGGACACAGAGCUGGGACUGGUCAUCACACUGGAUGAAGAGGGAAGCAGUGAACCUGAACAGCUGAAGAGAAAGAGUGGAGAAAAAUCAAUGAAACAGUCAUUAAAACAUGAUUGUAGAGCAACGGCAGACGAGAAAGAUGUUGUCGAAUCUGAGCAGGAUGAGGACAGCGAGGCAGAGUUUAGAAAACUUGAUCGGAACCUAGCCAUCAAGUCUCAACAGCACAACCUGACAUCAGGUCACGUGCGCAGUAUAAUCCAUGAGGUGAUCACUAAUGAACAUGUAGUAGCCAUGAUGAAAGCUGCUAUCAGAGAGACUCAGGACAUGCCCAUGUUUGAGCCCAAAAUGACACGAUCAAAGCUCAAAGAGGUGGUUGAGAAAGGGGUGGGGAUUCCCAACUGGAAUAUCUCACCUAUCAAGAAAUCAAAAGAAAAAAAGCCUCCUCAGUUUGUGGACAUUCCUCUUGAGGAUGAGGAGGACUCUUCAGAUGAGGAGUAUUAUCCAGAUGAGGAUGAAGAUGAUGAGACUGCAGAAGAGACCAUCCUUGAGAGUGACCUGGAUAGCAUAGCCUCAUCACCGAGUAUCAGUAGACGAGCUCGCACUUCCACACCCGGAGAGCUCUCAGAGUGCGAUGAAGAAAAAAGCAACAGCCCACUAGUGAAACAGAGACACUUAAGAGUGGAAGCAGUGCCUAUGGGCCCUCCUGCUCCACCGUCCCAGUCUGGUGUCCAUUCCCGUACAUCAAAAGCUACUGUUUCGUUUAUAGAGAAACUGCAUGCUGUGGAUGAAGAGCUGGAGCUCAACCCCCUCUGCAUAGAGCCUUACCAGGCUUUGAGUAGUGGUGAAAAUGCAGAAAAAAGUUUGAUGGCAUGCCGAACACGAUCUAAGCGUCCAUUGAGGGAUGUCCCAUUAGACCAGCUGGAGGCCGAGCUUAAGGCUCCUGACAUCACACCAGACAUGUACAACUGCCUCACUGCACCAGAGGAUAAAGAGUGGAGCCAUUGGCUGCAGGGCCUUAUGACCUCACACCUAGACAAUGAAGAGGGCGAUGAUGAUGAUGAUGAUCCUGAAUAUAACUUUCUUGAUGAUCUUGAUGAGCCUGAUUUAGAGGACUAUCGCAACGAUCGUGCAGUUCGCAUUACCAAGAAAGAAGUUAAUGAGCUCAUGGAGGAGCUAUUUGAAACGUUCCAGGAAGAUAUGGGAGUAAAUGAGGAUGAAGACGCCAAUGAGGAAGAUGAGGAGCGGGAAAAAGUGUCCUCGCAAAGCGCUGCCAAAUUCAAUGUUCCCCAAGCCAUUCGAUUUGAGGAGCCACUGGCCCACAUGCUGACUAUGUGCAGGCAUACAGUCCGUGAGCAGCUGGAUGCGCUCCAGCAGCAGCAAGAACCCCAGAGCAGAUCUCACCAGAGUGUACCAGGGCCUACCAUGAUUCUCAUCCCUCCUCCUUGUACCUUGAUGGUGAUGCCUGAUCAGAAACAACAGCUGAGACAGCAAGUCCAACAGCACGUUCAGUUGUUGACUCAGAUGAACAUGCUGAUUAGCUCUGUUGCAGCACUACAGAGCCAGGCCACCACCACCAAACUCUUUUUGAUGGAGUUAAAGUCAUUUGCAGAGCGAGCAGAGCAGAUGAGAGCUUUAGUUUAUCCUCAGUUCAAAAGUGUGUUUCGGGUGUAUAACCUGCAGCCGUCUUUGGACCUGCUGGAAGAGCUGGAGAAAAUACGCUUUUCUCCAUGCAAAAUGCAUCGCUACCCGUUACUCCCCACUCACCUGGCCUGGCUGUUUGCCACCAGGUCAGUGUUCUUGUACCCUGAGUUACUGCCCCACUGCAGCCUGGAUCCCACUUCGCAACGCCCACGCAGCAAGACUAUUUACACAAAAGGAGAAGAUGGUCUGAUUGUUCUGGGGCUAAAGCAUUUCAGUGAGACGGAAUUCCCCUACCAUUUAAUAAGUCAGUAUCUUAUUCAGCCUAAGAGGGUAGAGCAGCUGCGUGCACGUGUGAAAGAGCAGUGCUCGAACAGGGCUGCAGACAACGUCAUCAAGUUUUACUGUCAACACCAUGUGGUCCCCGAACUGCCUGUUGCCUGUUGUCCAGUUAUCCCAGGAGAAGAGCGCCCACCUGUGGAGAGAGAGAAGAAUGUCAUGCCAAACUGGCUUUUGAAAAGUAUGCCAUCCAUACAUAAAGCAGUGUUUGAGACAAAAACGGAAGAGAGGACCUUAUCCGAUAUGAGGAAAACUCCUGGUUCACCUCCUCUCCCCACCUUUCCAGAGGGAACAAAGUACCCGCUGUCUCUUCCUAAAGGUUUAUCUCUGCCAUUACAUCCUUCAGCAAAGCGGUACAGUUCUGCUCGACCCUCCAAACCUCGUCCUCUGCACGGUUUUACACGUCCUGCUUCCACACCGUUAGCAAAGGCCCCUUUAUGCUCUAUCGGUGCAGUUAAUUUAUUGUCCCCAGUUUCAGCAGCCCUCCCCUCACAAGGUGUAAUACUAUUGACUCAGAGCUCCUUAAUUCCAGUGAAUGAGGCUCUCCCAGUGACCCAGGUAACCACAAUCCCUGCUCAUGGAACAGUUCCACUAAACUCUCCUGGUCCUGUCAAUUUCCAGUAUAUUGUUCCACAGUUGGGCUGUGUUAACCCUACAGAGCCUCCUGCUAGUUUGCCACCAGGUACUGUUCAGAUACCUUCAACUCUACCUGUAGCCUCUAAUAGACCUGCCCCCACUAAUGGCGUGGGUAAACGCAUGAAGCUUUUGCAGAAGAAAGCAGAAGUACCUAGGAAGCUAACCAUGCCUAAUCUGCUUCCCAUUCAGCCUGCCCCGUUUAAUCCAACCCAGCUACUUCCUCAUGUUACUGUAACUCUGGACAGCACAACACCUAUUGGCACAUACAGUAACAUUAUGGAAAACACUUUAAACACUGCUCAGCCUAUGCUCAUUAUUCAACCUUCCUCUUCACUGGGGAUUCCUCCACUUCAUGCACCAGGAGACUCGCAAGGAUUAGUCAAGUCCUCUAAAACUCCACCUCCUCAGGAUUUAUUUACUGAAUCAGUCAGUAGUCUGCCUUGCCCAGAAACACUGUCUAGACCACAGUUGCCUAGUAACAGUGUCAAAAUGUUAAGCUUAGACACUAAGAAGAUGCCAGUGGACAGUGAGGUUAAACUGAAGUCUAGUCCUGUGUUUUUUUUACACUCUCCUUCUCCUUCACUUCAGAUGACUGAAAGCCUCAAAUCAAGCCCUGGCAUGCAAAUUUUGAACGAUCGGGAACAGUCUGGGCCCACAGUAAAGGAUGAAUUUGAAUGUGAUAUAUUAGUGUCAAAACACCAAAGCAAACCCUUACCAGAUACCGUGGUUAAUAACAUAAGCACAGCAAACCCCGACUGUGGUCCAUUAGCACCCACAAGUGGAAAUAUUCGAGUUACACCAUCCUCCACUGGCCCUCAAGGCAUCUUUGCUCACUCUAACCUACUCAAAGGUAAUUGUCAGCAUAUGCUACUUCAAACAGAUUUACAGGUAAGCACGACGCAAUCCUUUAUAAUGCCGAUCACCAGUCCGAUCCCAAAUCAGCUUCAAGUUCAUUCUGCUAAAGGAGACAUCAAAGUGCCUCAGCAAAAAUGCUUGAAGAUGUUUUCUACAUCCAACACGCCAAGUUUCAGAGAAGAUCAUUUAUCACUUAUUACUGUUGGACUGCCUUUGGGAGGUGCUGUAAGUCAAACCCCAGCUCUGCCACGUACAGAAAUGAGUGAUGAUGAGUUGUGGAAAGAUGAUAUGGAAAAAGGAGCAGAGAUGGGCGGAGAAGAUAUGGCAAGUGCUCUAUUUGCAAGCCCCCUACUUACACUGUCUGAGUCUUCUUGUAGCCCGAAAUCCAAUCUGAGCAGUACAGAGACAGUGAAUAUGAUUGAGGACAGCCCAAACACUAGAGAACACUUUAGCAGCCACUUGGGAGGUGGUAUGACUACAUUUGCUAACUUAAAUAGCAGUCAAAGACAAAGCAGCAUAAAAGAUUUACCAGAGUUGAUCACGUAUACCUCUGGUGCUGAAAACCAGGAAACUCCUGCUGGAGGAGAGGGGUUGAGCAAAGGAAAUGGAGAAGGGCAACAGAAUGAAGAAAGUGGAGGAGGUGGAGAGAGGGAUGCAAAUGAUGAAGGUGAGAAGAAAGGAGAUGGAGAUAGUGGCAGAGAAAGGCAGGGGAAUGGAGGAAGGGAUGGAAAUGAUGACGAGAAGGAUGGAGAUGGAGAGCGUGAAGAGGAAGAGGAGGACUUUGAUGAGCUCACACAAGAUGAAGAUGAGGAGGAAGUGAUGUCAUCAGCAUCAGAGGAAUCUGUUCUCUCAGUCCCUGAACUGCAGGAGACGAUGGAGAAGCUGACGUGGCUAGCAUCAGAGCGGAGGUUAUGUGGGGAAGGUGAUUCAGAAGAGGACAACUCUCCAAACUCGCCCACUUCACCAACCUCACCAAUUUCUCAAAACUCACAGGAGGAAAAUUCAGAAGAUGAGGAGGACGUAGCAAUGAAGGGUGAAGAGCUGGAGCCUACAGAGGAAGUGGGUGAAAAAAUACCUGAAGGAGAUGUACCUCAAGAGGAUGACCCUCCACAGAACACUGGGAAAGGAGCAGGACGUGGUAGAGGUCGUGGUCGUCCCCCACCUCGCAGUCUUAGAAAAAGCCGGAGACAGGAACGGGGUAGCAAGGACACUUCAAAACUCCUCCUGCUCUGUGAUGACCACAUACUGGAAAACGAUCCGAUGAGGGAGAGCAAGGACAUCGCUUAUGCCCAGUCCUACCUUAACAGGGUAAGGGAGGCCUUUCAGGACACUCCAGGCAAGGUUGAGGAAUUCUUGAGUUUGCUGUACGAGUUUGAGCAGGGAAGUGAGAGUCGUAGUGCUGUUGAGCUUUUCUGCCAGCUUAAACCUUUGCUCAAAGACUGGCCCGAUUUGCUGAGGGACUUUGCUGCUUUUCUUCUUCCAGAGCAGGCUCUGGAGUGUGGCCUGUUUGAGGAGCAGCAAGCUUUUGAGCGUAGCAGGAAGUUCCUAAGGCAGCUGGAGAUCAGUUUUGGGGAAAAUCCUUCUCACUACCAGAAGAUUGUGAAAGCUCUCCAGGCUGCAGCUACCCCCACUCCUGCAGGAUUAGAAGAGCUCAAAACACAGAUGGCCACCCUCCUUAAAGGUCACACACAUCUGCAGGGAGAAUUCUCUUUAUUUUUUGAUGAGCUCCGUCCAUUCCCGGCACGUCCAGGGCAGUUUGAGGAAGCAAUCUGGCCUGAGGAUGGAGGGAACAUGACGGAAGGAGGAGAAGGAGUGUGUCUGGGAAGUGGUGGAUUUGAGGAGGUCACACUCCCUGAUUUGGAGGAGGAAGAAGAAACAGCCAAAAUUCCCCAGAUAACAGGAAAGAGCAGAAAAAGAAAAGAACUAGGCACACAAAGGAACUACAAGCAGGCUUGUGAGUGGCCAGAGAAACACUGCCCCUGCCAUUGUCAUUUCGCUAACCAUGAUGCCAAGCAUCGCCGACACAAGAGAAAAGCAUGCCCUCUGUGCCAUGGAAUUAAGGGUACUGAUAGUUCCAAGUCUCAGAAGACUGGUGAUCACUCGUUCCCCACAGCGGACCCUUUACCUGAGAAGCAGGAAGAAAGGGACGAAUCUGAAAAAGGAGUACAGGAAGAGAAAGAGAUAGAGACAGAAGUAAAAGAUGAGUCUGGAAGUGGGGCAAACAGUCCACAUCAAGAGCGAGAAGGUGAAGCAUGGGAGUGCAUUGACUCAGACCCUUUAGCCAUACCUGAGGGAAAGGAUGAUGAUGAGGAGGAGGAAGAUGAGGAGUUGAAGGAGGGAGAGAAGGAGCAGUGCUCUUCUCCCAGUAAGUCUAUAGGAGGAGAACAGGUUCCAGCUGCUGAACACUCAGACACCUGUCUGCAAGCUCAGUCAGGAGAGAGGGACACGUCACAGCAGAGCUGGCAGAGUCCUUCAUCUGAAACACCUGUUUGUGCCAAGAACAUCUCCCUUACUCCCAGUGGAGAGAAAGUUGUCCUCUGGACCAGGGAGGCAGAUCGGGUCAUUUUAACAGCCUGUCAGCAACAGGGGGCCAGUCAGAGUACCUUCGAGUCGGUGUCCACACAGCUUGGCAACAAAACUCCCAGUGAGGUUUCCAAGAGAUUUCGGGACCUGAUGCGCCUGUUUCAUACCUCAGCUCAUCAGGCUAGCUCAGAUGAGGAGGCCACCGAACAGCAGUCUGCUACUGAUGAGGAGCAAGACUAAUGCACUACUGAGAAUGGGCAUACACCUUUACCAGACCAGCGAAACACCCUUAAACCACAAUUAUAACCAGCGUGACUACAAUAACCAUGGGAACACAAUGAACGAUGGAUAAAACGAUAAAAACUGAAAUUAUUAAACAAACUGCUAUCAGGGCAGUCCUAAUUUAUCACCAGCUUAUGAACUGAGAAUGGCAGCUACUUGUUUCCUCACAUUGGAAUAUUCUUUUUUCUUUUUUCUUUUUUACAAUUUGCUUCACAGUAGAUGUAUAUAUUAUAAAUGCAUUUGGGCAAGUCCUAAAUAUGUACAGUAUUUUUUACAAUUCUUUCCUUGUCUAUGUAUAAAUUUUUGAUGAGAAAAAAGUUUAAAACCCCAUUGUCUAUAAAGUAUUAUUAAAAUACUUCUCUGUAAAAGAGAAAAAUAUCACUUCAGUGUCAACACAGAAUAUAUAUUUGAGAACAUUUGGGUGGGUGUGCUUUGUACUGUAUCCAGUGAUUCUUUUUUCUUUUCAGCAGUAAAGAUCAUCUUAAGACAAAAAACUGUGGCCAAGAAGCGAUGCUCAGCAACAAUAGUUAAAUAGUCUGUAGCACUCAAGUGAACAUUGUUAAUAGCCCAAGGAUACAUAUUAUCACUGUUAAGUCUUUUCAUCCAAACUGCAGACAUUCAAAGUUAUUAAUCAAAUAAAACACUAAGAUAUGUCCAUAA